CAGUGCCCCAGCAUGACAGUCCACUGGCCCGCCUCCAGUCGGUCCCAAAUCGCCCCUCAAAAUCCGCCCGCUGUGCGAGUCUUGCGGUGUUAGCGUCCAACAGGCUGCGCCAUAAGCUCCUGCACGCCUCCCUCGUCGCUCCUGCACGCCAUGCUUCACCUCCGCCUCUCUGUUCGCGUCUCUGCUCUGCGUGCGCGGGGCCUCGCGACUCAUGCACCCCAGCCACGCGUAGUCACCUCUGCCGUCCGCCAUGACUGGACAAAGCCGGAGAUCCAGAAGAUCUACGAUAGCCCGCUACUUGAUCUCGUUUUCAGGGCAGCGGCCGUGCAUCGGGAGCACCAUGAUCCCAGUAAAAUCCAACUGUGUACCCUCAUGAACAUCAAGACGGGCGGGUGUACUGAGGAUUGUUCGUACUGCUCACAGUCAUCCCGCUAUCAAACGGCGACACAGGCGUCUCGUCUCGUCGACAUAGAGCCUGUGCUCGAAGCAGCCCGGAAAGCCAAAGAGAACGGCAGCACCCGCUUCUGCAUGGGUGCGGCAUGGAGAGACUUGGCCGGACGCAAACGCGGUUUCGAGAAGAUCCUCCGGAUGGUACAAGAGGUCCGAGGGAUGGGUAUGGAAGUAUGCACGACGCUGGGCAUGCUGUCUCCUGAGCAGGCGAAACAGUUGAAGGAGGCUGGCCUGACAGCAUACAACCACAAUCUUGACACGUCGCGAGAGUUUUACCCUGAGGUCAUUACCACGCGCUCCUAUGACGAGCGUCUGAGCACCAUCUCGGCGGUGCGUGAGGCGGGCAUUAGCGUGUGCUCUGGUGGCAUCCUCGGCCUCGGUGAGACGGACAAGGACAGGGUCGGAUUAAUCUGGGAGGUGUCGAAUAUGCCAGAACACCCCGAGUCGUUCCCUGUCAAUGCACUGGUGCCGAUAGAGGGCACGCCGCUCGAGAACAACGAGCCCGUCCCUUACCAUACGCUACUCCGGACGGUUGCCACUGCCAGGGUAGUGAUGCCGCAGACCAUUAUUAGACUUGCCGCCGGCCGCCAGACGCUCGACGAAUCGAAGCAAGCGAUGUGCUUCAUGGCAGGUGCUAAUGCCAUCUUCACCGGCGAGCAGAUGCUCACCACACCAUGCUCUCCGUGGGACGAAGACAAAGCUAUGAUGACAAGGUGGGGCUUGGAAGGCAUGAACAGUUUCGAGCAGGUCAACGUUGCGCGGAAGGAGCAGUCGAGAGCCAGCACAGAGGCGCUUGCGGGCGAUCUGUCAACAGGAACGCGGGUCCAGUCAAGCUGUGAGUGACUUUGUCGUGUCGUCGGACAACUCUGACUGUGUCAUACAAACCGCUGCCUUGUACGUAUGACAGAACCUGACGAGGACACUCGACGCAAGAAGUCUGAUUGCAAUACUUUGUACGAAUCGAUUUGUAGCGAUAGGUAGAUGGUGCUCUAUUCAAUACAUACCACCGGUAAUGUUGCCUGGGACAUCUAUCCAGAUUGGAA